CCGGUAGAAGCGUCAAGAUGAACACGUUACCAUCAAUGGACCGGCACAUCCAGCAGACCAACGACAGGCUGCAGUGCAUCAAACAGCACUUACAGAACCCGGCCAACUUCCACUCAGCUGCCACGGAGCUGCUCGACUGGUGCGGAGAUCCCCGGGCCUUCCAGCGACCUUUCGAGCAAAGUCUCAUGGGAUGUCUGACGGUGGUGAGUCGUGUUGCUGCUCAGCAGGGGUUUGACUUGGACUUGGGCUACAGGUUGCUCGCCGUGUGUGCUGCCAACCGGGACAAAUUCACUCCCAAGUCUGCAGAAACCAGCACCUGCAGGAGAUGUCAGAGUGACUCAGCUCUGCUGUCGUCGUGGUGCGAGGAGCUGGGCCGUCUCCUCCUGCUGCGUCACCAGAAGAACAGGCAGAACGAACCACAGGCGAAAGUCCCCAUGCAGCCCAGCAUGAACAGCAUGAAGCCCGGCCUCACACACAGUGAUGGAUCCUUUCCUUACGACUCGGUCCCCUGGCAACAGAACACCAACCAGCCCCCCGGGUCAUUGUCUGUUGUUACAACAGUGUGGGGCGUGACCAAUACGUCACAGAGUCAGGUGUUGUGUAACCCCAUGGCGAACAACAAUAACCACAUGAAUCCUGGGGGAAACCCGAUGGGAUCGGCUAUGUCUGCCAGUGCAGCAGGGCUCAGUUCCCCUCAGUUCAACGCUCAGCAGCAGCAGUUUCCAAAUAAAGGAGGUUCUAACCAGUCGUACAUGCAGCAGGGCAUGUACGGCAGGCCAGGAUACCCCGGCGGCCCUGGAGGAUACAGCGGAAGUUAUUCUGGGGGCCCAAACACUCCACCUGGAGGCAUGGGAAUGACCACCCACACACGUCCUUCUGGUGACUUCACUCCUCCAGCUGCUGCUGCUGCAGCUGCAGCCGUUGCUGCUGCUGCAGCUACGGCGACGGCCACAGCAACAGCCACAGUGGCAGCUCUGCAGGAAACACAGAAUAAAGAUAUGAACCAGUACGGACAGAUGUGUCCAUCGUUCCAAAUGGGUCCCACUCCAGCCUACAACAGCCAGUUUAUGAGCCAGUCAGGCCCACGAGGCCCCCCGGGAGGUAUGAAUCCAGCCAGCAUGGGAUCAGCCAUGAGCAACCCCAAUAUGAGCGGGCCCCCAAUGGGUAUGAGCCAAGCUCGAACCCCAGGCAUGGCACCUUUUGGAGCUCACAGCCAAAGGAUGCCACACCAAGGGUAUCCUGGGGGGCCUCGACAGGGCAUUCCCAUGCAGGGGAUAAAGAGGCCGUAUCCUGGGGAGGGGGGCUAUGGGGGUCAACAGUAUGGGCCAAACAGCCAGUUCCAGCCUCAGCCUGGGCAGUACCCCACAUCAAAUGUCUCCAGACCACUGCCCUCCCCUAACUAUCCCAGCCAGAGGAUGCCAGUGCAGCAGGGCCAAGGACAGUACCCUCCUGGUAUGCCCAUGGGCCAGUACUACAAGCAAGAGCCAUUUAAUGGUCAGAACACCAACUUUCCUGGAGGUGGAUACUCCUACAGCCAAGGCAGCGGGCCCCCAAGGCCUGGUAACUAUCCCCACUCCCCAGUCCCUGGAAACCCCACACCUCCUAUGACCCCUGGAAGUAGUAUUCCUUCAUACAUGUCGCCAAACCAGGAUGUGAAGCCGCCAUUUCCGCCUGACAUGAAACCAAAUAUGACAGCACUUCCGCCCCCUCCAAGUAACCCCAAUGAGGAGCUGCGUCUGACCUUCCCAGUUAGGGACGGAGUGGUGCUGGAACCAUUCCGCCUGGAGCACAACCUGGCUGUCAGUAACCACGUUUUCCACCUGCGACCGUCUGUCCACCAGACCCUCAUGUGGAGGUCAGACCUUGAACUGCAGUUUAAGUGCUACCACCAUGAAGACAGGCAGAUGAACACAAACUGGCCCGCCUCGGUCCAAGUCAGUGUCAACGCCACGCCCCUUACCAUCGAGAGGGGUGACAACAAAACCUCCCACAAACCUCUGCACCUGAAGCACGUCUGCCAACCAGGGAGGAACACCAUCCAAAUCACAGUCACCGCUUGUUGUUGUGUGAGUGCAUACUGUAUUUUUUGCUGCCUAAAUGGGACAAAGAACACUGUCAAUGGCAAAUUCAGGGCCGAACACCAACGGCUCGCAGUUCUUCAUCAGUACGACUAA